AAUUUCUUCUCCAGUGUAACGACUUUUUUUUCCAUUAGGGGAAAAAAAAGGUUGAUUUGAGCUUGUUCGCUGAAGUGGUUCUGCAAAAUUGUGAUUCUGAAUAGAACGUAUUAUCUGGUUUGCGAUUUGUUUGUGUGUCAUGUUGAAUUCUUAAGAUUAGGAGACCGAAGUAUUCCGAAUUGAAAUUCUGGAAAGGUGUAUCCCGUAAGCUUGUUUCAAUUGGAAAGCUCUUUGCCUAGUAGCUCUACUUACUAUUUAUGAAACUGAUAUUAUUGAGCUAAUAUCUUUUUUUUCCAAUUUGUUGAAUACUGAUGUUGGAUUAAUGUAAACUUUUCUCGAACUCUCGUUUCAAUUGUUUGUCCCACCAUUUCAACGGGCUCAAUAUAAAAAAUCAAAUAUUUAGUAUACAAAAUAUACUUUUGGUUCAAAAUAGAUGGUAGUUUACUGUUCUUUCUGCUUAAUAAUUUGUGAUUUCUACUUGAAGAAGACUACCUGCAAAGUGCGUUCCUUUUUUUAUUCUAGCCUGGAGUAACCUGUUGCUGGCUUUGUUUGUUCCUUGUCCUAGGAUGGAGCCUAAUCAGCUUGACCCAAAUCAUUCCGGAGAGUUACUGAAGCAUUUGGAUAAGCAGCACGAGUUCCUUAUGGACUCCUAUAGGUUAAUGUUUAACCAGCUGCAAAAUCUUCAGGUGGAAGAAGAAAUGCUUAUGCGCAAGCUUUAUGAAGUCAUGUCUGGUCAUGGUCUCGCUAAGAAGGCUGACAGCAUGGAAAUAGCUAAUGGAGAUGAGACAAUGGAUAACCAUGUGGAAAAUGAACAAAAAAGAACAAGCUACAUAGCCAAUGGAGAUGACCCAAUGGACAAGCACGCGGAAAAUAACCAAAACAGAACAAUCAAAAUACGUGAUGAAAUAGGCCAUGGUGAUGACACAAUGGACAAGCAUGUGGAAAAUGAGCAAUACAGAACGAGCGAAAUAGCCAAUGGAGAUGACACGGAGGACAAGCACAUGAAAAAUGACCAAAAUAGAGCGAUCAAAAUGGCCCAUGGAGAUGACACAAUGGACAAGCAUGGGGAAAAUGAGGAAAAUGGAACACGGCGAAGCACACGUGAGCGAAAGAAGACAUGGAAACUGAGGGUAGAUGAUGAAUAUUACAUACAGUAGCACGAGGAGAGGUAGAUAGUGUUGAAAAGAAUAGUAAACAUCUCACUUUGUGAAUCCUUCUUCCUCUUUUCUUUAACCCAUUCUCUGUUUUCUUUUCUGUCAUUUUCUUACUCUAUUCUUUUUGUUUAACUAAUUUCAUUGGCUAAUCUGAAAUUUCUCAAUACAGUAUUCCAAUUUGGAAU